UAAAAUUUUCACAAAAGGUCAUGAUACUCAGAAUUGAAGCAGGUGAGAUCACUAGACAUAUGCAUGUUUGAGCACAAGCGCUGAAUGAUUUAGCAACGUGACUGCAGUGGAAUGGGAGAGAUGCAAAAUAGACAAACCCAGAGAGGUAAGAGAGCAGACCUCUUCAUGAGAGGCUGCCUAAUAAACUGAUUUGACACUGAAUUGCUGAGAAGGUAAUGCAAAUAGUUUUUUUCUCCAAGAACAAAGUAGUUCUUGGCCAAGCCGAUUUGAUUUGGACUGUAGGAACCUGCACAAACCACUUCACUAGCUAAGUCUUAGGUUUCCCAAAUGAAAAAGCAGGGACUGGAAAUGGCUUUUGAAGUCUCUUUCUUUUCUAAAAAUGUCAGGCUCCAAGACACCCAGGUGAAGUCUAAGAGUUGGUAAAAUAAGGAUUGUGGCUCGGCUGUGGCCUAAUGCAAACUUUCGCAACCCCAGGAUACUGAAAAAAACUGGAAGAAGAAUUGCGGAAUGGGGUGCCAGGCCGAAAGACCUUAACCUUUGCACUCAAGUUCCUCCCACACCGAGAAACCCAGGUCCCGACCGCAGGGCGCCCUGCUCACGGCGGGGUGUGGCGCCUGAGUCCGCCUCCUGAGUCGGCCUCCUGCGGCUUCCCGGAUUUGGCCCCGCCCCCGCCCUGGUCCCGCCUCCUGCCGCAGCCGACACAGACCCCGGUGACGGAAGUGACGCAAGGCGGAGGCUGGAGGGCCGCGCCGGGCCCGGCCCGCAGUAGCUCUGGGUAGGAGCCGGCGUCCGUCGGUAGCAGCAUGGCUCUCCUCUUUCUUCUGCCCCUUGUCAUGCAGAGUGUGAGCAGGGCUGAGAUGGGCACCGCGGAUCUGGGGCCGUCCUCAGUGCCUAUACCAACUAAUGUUACAAUUGAGUCCUAUAACAUGAACACCAUCGUAUAUUGGGAGUACCAGAUCAUGCCACAGGUCCCUGUUUUUACCGUAGAGGUAAAGAACUAUGGUGUUAAGAAUGCAGAAUGGAUUGAUGCCUGCAUCAGUAUUUCUCAUCAUUAUUGUAAUAUUUCUGAUCACGUUGGUGAUCCAUCAAAUUCUCUUUGGGUCAGAGUUAAAGCCAGGGUUGGACAAAAAGAAUCUGCCUAUGCAAAGUCAAAAGAAUUUGCUGUGUGCCGAGAUGGAAAAAUUGGACCACCUAAACUGGAUAUCAGAAAGGAGGAGAAGCAAAUCAUGAUUGACGUAUUUCACCCUUCAGUUUUUGUAAAUGGAGAAGAGCAGGAAGUCGAUUAUGAUCCAGAAACUACCUGUUACAUUAAGGUGUACAAUGUGUAUGUGAGAAUGAACGGAAGUGAGAUCCAGUAUAAAAUACUCACGCAGAAGGAAGAUGAUUGUGACGAGAUUCAGUGCCAGUUAGCGAUUCCAGUGUCCUCACUGAAUUCUCAGUACUGUGUUUCAGCAGAAGGAGUCUUACAUGUAUGGGGCGUUACAACUGAAAAGUCAAAAGAAGUUUGUAUUACCAUUUUCAAUAGCAGCAUAAAAGGUUCUCUUUGGAUUCCAGUUGUUGCUGCUUUACUACUCUUUCUAGUACUUAGCCUGGUAUUGAUCUGUUUUUAUAUUAAGAAGAUUAAUCCAUUGAAGGAAAAAAGCAUAAUAUUACCCAAGUCUUUGAUCUCUGUGGUAAGAAGUGCUACUUUAGAGACAAAACCUGAAUCAAAAUAUGUAUCACUCAUCACAUCAUACCAGCCAUUUUCCUUAGAAAAGGAGGUGGUCUGUGAAGAGCCGUUGUCUCCAGCAACAGUCCCAGGCAUGCAUACUGAAGACAAUCCAGGAAAAGUAGAGCAUACAGAAGAACUUUCUAGUAUAACAGAAGUGGUGACAACUGAAGAAAACAUUCCUGACAUGGCCCCGGGCAGCCAUCUGACUCCAGUAGAGAGAGAGAGUUCUUCACCUUUAAGUAGUAACCAGUCUGAACCCUGCAGCGUUCAGAACGCUUUAAACUCCUAUCACUCCAGAAAUUGUUCUGAUAGUGAUCACUCCAGAAAUGGUUUUGAUGCUGAUUCCAGCUGUCUGGAAUCACGUAACUCCUUAUCUGAUUCAGAAUUUCCCCCAAAUAAUAAAGGUGAAAUAAAAACAGAAGGACAAGAGCUCAUAACAGUAAUAAAAGCCCCCACCUCCUUUGGUUAUGAUAAACCGCAUGUGCUAGUGGAUCUACUUGUGGAUGAUGGCCGCAAAGAGUCCUUGAUUGGUUACAGACCAACAGAAGGUUCCAAAGAAUUUUCAUGAGAUCAGCUAAGAUGCACCAACUUUGAAGUCUCAUUUUCCUGGACAGUUUUCUGCUUUGAUUUCAUGAAAAGAUUAUGAUCUCAGAAAUUGUAUCUUAGUUGGUAUCAACCAAAGGGAGUGACUUAGUUUAGAUAAAAGUGUAAAGAGGAUGUGUGGCAUUUUCAAUUUUGGCCUGAAAACUACAAAGACUGGUUUUUUUUAAACCAAAAAAAGUAAUUUAUGACCCUUUACAUCCAGAUAGGUUAGCAGUAACAAGGAACAGUAUCCAGUACUCCUUGUUCCUAGGUGAGCAGGUGAUGCCCCAGGGACCUUUGUAGCCACUUCACUUUUUUUCUUUUCUCUGCCUUGAUAAUAGCAUAUGUUUUUGUAAGUUUUAUGCAUACAGUAAUUUUAAGUGGUUAAUUUCAGAAGAAAUUCUGCAAGCUUUUCAAAAUUGGACUUAAAAUCUAAUUCAAACUAAUAGAAUUAAUGGAAUGUAAAUAAAACAUGUAUAUAUUUUUUAUGAAACCUUAGAGUUAGAGAUUUUUAAAUAAAGAAUUUUAAAAC